GGGAAGGCGGAUCCCCAUUAGCCUCGAGAUGUGCCAAAAAUUUCCAUUUGCCUACUGCUAGAUAUAUUUGAGGGUGCGUGGAGAUAGACUGGGUGUAAAGGGGAAUUCCUAAUAUGCAGAUCAGUGACGAUACCUAGGCCCAAAAUGGGCAUCUAAGCAAAACGUAAGCAUUUUCUCUUUCUCAGCAACAGAAAAGGUUUACUUUUUCUCCCACCAUUUUCUUCACUCACCGACAGAAAGAGGAAGAUCAUUUGGGUCACAAGAGAAGGAUGAAGAGCCAAAGCAGUUAUGCCCCACCGGCGUACAUUCCUUUAGGGAUGUCGGAUUCUGAAUCGGCAAUUGUUUUGCGAAAUGAAGAGCCUCCCAAGCAGCAAAACAGUGUUGAUGGGCCUGUACAAUGGUCUUCUGGAAUCUGCGCAUGCUGUGACGAUAUGCAGAGCUGUACGCUACUUUCUGCCUUGUGACCUUGAUUUAUCAGAAGGAAAAAAAAAUGAAGGUUGUAUAGGUCUAUUUUGUCCUUGCUUUUUAUUCGGAAAGAAUGCAGAAUUUCUGGGUUCUGGGACAUUCAUGGGAUCAUGCAUGACUCAUUUUAUUUUGUGGGUACUCGUUAAUACCGUCUGCUGCUUAUUGACUGAGGGUCUUGUUUUGGGAGUACCGGGAUGCUUUGUUGCAUGUUAUGCUUGUGGCUACCGCAGGACCCUAAGAUCAAAGUAUAAUCUUCAGGAAGCACCAUGUGGAGACUUUGUCACUCAUUUUUUCUGCCAUUUGUGUGCCAUUUGUCAAGAGUACAGGGAGAUCCGAGAAAAAUCUGCUGAUUCUGGCUUUCCUGACCUGAGUAUGGCCGUAGUUACAGCCCCACCAGUCCAGACAAUGGAACCGGGUCUUGAAGAGUAAACCACUGUUUUUGUACUCAUGCAGGAUCAGCAUUUGGUCUAGGUUAUGCAACCUUCAUCAUGCCCCUCAGUGGAUAUUGUUAGUGAAGCCCUCCACAAUUUAUUUUGUCUUUUAAGUUCUUUGGUCUAGUCUAUACCAGGGUUGAUUU